AUGACCUCAGGGCACAAACUCCUCACGUUCAUGGAUGCCUUCUUGGGCUACAACCAAAUCCGUAUGGCUCCUAAGGACCAUGAGUAUACAGCCUCCAUCAUGGACAGAGGUGUCUACUGUCACAAAGUCAUGCCCUCCGACAUGAAGAAUUCUGAUGCAAUAUAUCAGAGGAUGAUAAAUCAGAUGUUCGAAUAUCAUAUUAGGAGGAACAUGGAAGUAUAUGUGGACAUGAUUGUGAAGAGCAAAGUCUCCAACACCCAUCUGGGAGACCUUACUGAGACAUUCCGAAAGCCCAAAAGGUUUAGUAUGCGUCUCAACCCCAUCAAGUGCACCUUCGGAGUCAGCUCGGGCAAGUUCCUCGGCUUCAUCAUCCAUCAAAGGGGCAUAUGCAUGAAUCCCAAAAUGACCCAGGCGAUAACUAAAAUGCAAUCCCCUUAG